UAAAAAUGACUUUACAGGGACUUUAAAGACCCACAAUAUCAUAAGUAAUCUGCUUUGUCUUGUCUGUCGACGUGUUGUCGGUGUCCUCUUUGCUCCGCGAUGUAUUUUUUACUGCGUGUGGCAUGGUAGCGCCACGGCUUGUCGGACAAAGCAACAGUAACUAAGGGGGGCGGGUCUUUGCGAAGGGUCAGUUGUGUUACACGUGUCAGAAAAUGAAACUCCAUCUGAAUGAAGGAAUGUCAUGUUUUUAUUUGAUUUAAUUUGAGCCGGCGGUUUAACGGUCACUGAAACAGAUCCUCCUUUACAAUGUCUAUUAAACAUCCAGAUGGUUUACAGAUUGAGGACAUCGACCUUCAAGUAGAGGAGUUUUCCUUAGUGCUGGAUGACUCUGGAAUGGAGAGUCUCCCCAGGGAUCCUGACACUUCUCUUCUUGACUCCACUCAAGCAGAGGACAAAGAUAAAUGUAUCCUUUCAUCUGACACAUUCUGCUUAUCCCCAUCUCUGCAUGAACGAAAGACUCUUCCCAUUGAUGAAAAAUCACCUAAGAGUCCCAAGAAUCCGCGGGGCCGCUUUGACCCAUAUGACUCCUCAGAGGAAUAUGUUGGCGUUGUGACACUGCCAAUCCAAGUCCGGCAGAAAGCAGUGAAAAAAGGAUUUGUGUUCAAUCUCAUGGUUAUUGGUGAGUCUGGCUUAGGCAAAUCCACUCUUGUCAACAGCCUUUUCCUCACAAACCUCUAUAUGGACAGAUGCAUUCCUGAUGUUUCAGAGAAGAUAGCUCAGACAGUGUCAAUAACAAAAAGUACCAUUGACAUUGUUGAAGAGGGAGUAAAUCUAAGGCUCACUGUUAUCGACACCCCUGGUUUUGGAGAUGCCAUUAAUAAUAAUGAAAGCUGGAAGGCCGCAGUUUAUUAUGUCGACCAGCAGAUGGAGAAGUACCGCAGAGAUGAGAUCGGGCUGAACCGUAAAAACAUAACGGACAACAGAGUGCACUGCUGUCUGUACUUCAUCUCACCUCAUGGCCAUGGUCUCAAACCAAUUGAUGUGAACUUCAUGAAGGCCCUGGAUCAGAAGGUCAACAUUGUGCCAGUGCUGGCUAAAGCAGACAGCCUCACUCCAAAAGAGACACGCAAUAUGAAAGCCAAGAUUUUGACAGAGAUUGACAAGUACAAAAUCAAGAUCUUCCAGGUCCCAGAGUGUGAUACGAAUAAUAUUGAUCCCUUCAGGCAGCAGGAUCUAGAGUUAAAGUUGUCUAGUUUAGCCAUAGAAGACUGUGAGGAUGCUGAACUGGCCUAUACCAUGAGAGACCUGCCCCCUAGAGCCGGUCACACUUUCCCUGGACAUGAGACACCCAUGAUGGACAGGGAGCCCGACGGCAGCACCCACCCUCACACCCCAGGGACGCCCACUUUCACACGACCAGUGAGCAGAAGUCUCCUGGGCUCUGAGCCGGAGUUACCCCACCGUGGCCAGCUCAGCUCCAUGAGCUCUCUGGAUUCUCCCCUGAGCCCCUCUCGCCCGAAAAGUCCUUGGGGCAGAUUUGACCCCUAUGACUCCACUGAGGAUCAAGAUAAGGAGUAUGUUGGCUUUGCAACGCUGCCUAACCAAGUGCACAGAAAAUCUGUGAAAAAGGGGUUUGCCUUUACUCUUAUGGUGGCAGGGGAGUCAGGUUUAGGGAAAUCUACACUAGUCAACAGUCUCUUCCUCACCAACCUUUACAAAGACAGGAAAAUGCUGAAUGCUGAAGAGCGGAUCUCGCAGACAGUAGAGAUCACAAAGCACACUGUGGCUAUAGAAGAGAAAGGAGUCAAGCUGAGACUCACCAUCGUGGAUACGCCAGGCUUCAGUGAUGCUGUCAACAACACAGAGUGCUGGAGGGCAGUUGUGGACUACAUUGACCAGCAGUUUGAGCAAUACUUUCGUGACGAAAGCGGCCUCAACCGUAAGAACAUUCAGGACAACCGUGUGCACUGCUGCCUCUACUUCAUCUCUCCUUUUGGCCACGGUCUCAGACCGAUGGAUGUGGAGUUUUUGAAGACGCUACAUGAGAAGGUCAACAUAGUUCCUGUACUUGCCAAAGCAGACAGUCUCACUCCAGUGGAAGUCAGAAAAAUGAAAAUGAAGAUUCGUGAGGAGAUAGAGAGAUUCGACAUCAACAUCUACCAGUUUCCUGAGUGUGAUUCAGAUGAGGAUGAGGAGUUCAAACUUCAGCACCAGGAACUGAAGAACAGCAUUCCUUUUGCUGUAAUUGGCAGUAACGUCCAAGUUGAAAGCCAAGGCAGGCGCUUCAGAGGCCGUCAGUACCCCUGGGGUGUCGUGGAAGUGGAAAACCCAGCACACUCUGACUUCCUGAAGCUGAGGAACAUGUUGGUGCGCACACAUAUGCAAGACCUGAAGGACAUGACGCGGGAAACACAUUACGAGAAUUACCGCGCUCAGUGUAUCCAGAAUAUGACCCGCAUGGUGGUCAGGGAGAGAAAACGCAGUCUGUGUAACCGGCUGAGAGACAGCACCUCAGACCUUCCUGUGCCUUUGGUACCUGUGGACAGAGACACUGAGCGCCUUAUUUGGGAAAAAGAUGAGGAGUUGCGGCGAAUGCAGGAAGUUCUGGAAAGGAUUCAGGAACAGAUGCAUCAUGGACAUUAAGAUCCAUUCAUUUAAAUUUUAUGAUUGAAAUAUAGUUAGAGCUGUCAAAGGUCUAAAAUGCAGGAAACUGCAGUGAAUAUAAUAACUGUAAAAUGUGUGUCCUGUGAAUGUAGCUGUUUGAAGGAAUAUGUCCUAAAUUAGCCUUCAGAAUCAUCAGAAAAACUACGGGAUGCAUCUAAAUAACUCAUUUAGCAGACAAAAAAUACUUUAUUUUAUAAUGUAAAUAAUAUGAACAACUAUUGUAGUACACAAAAAAUAAGACCAGUACAACUUGAUUUGUAAAUGUCAUAA